AUGGAACACGAGAGAUGUUACAUAUACGAACCACCGGCAACGGAAGAGCGAGCGACAAAGCGCCAACGAACGACCAAAUUCGAUCCGCAGGCGCAACUCCCGGAACGGCUAAACGCGUACCGAGAUCUAUGGCGACAGCAAGAUGAGCGCAUCCAAGACACCCUCGAAGGAGCAGAUAGCGCUACUCAGGAAAAUAUUGCCGACUUCAUUUCUUCCAGCUCAUCUCCAAAUGAAACCAAGUUUGCUAUACCGGCAGCACUCAUUGUUGCGGGUCCUAGUAUCGCAUCUCACGGGCCAUUCUUUGAGCGUCUUGGCCGAAGAGUCAGAGAAGAGAACAGCACGUACAUUGUGCUAACGUCUGGCGAAUGUCCAAAUCUGAAAACACUGCUGAAGAAUCUUAUCAAAAAGGUUACCUCGCGCGUAGAAGAUGACGAUGAAGAUGAUCUAGAUAAGCCUUCUGCAACUUCGAAACAUGGACCAAAGCUGUUGAACUACGACCUUGGUCAUGUGCAAGCAUGGCAGAAGAAAAACCAAGCAUCCAGCAUUGUUGUUGCAUUACAAGACAGCGAGGGAUUCGAUGUCGGCUUAUUAGCCGACCUAGUCGAUCUUUUACAUUCAUGGCUCGACCGUCUUCCUUUUAUGCUUCUCUUUGGUAUUGCGACAUCGGCAGAUAACUUUGAGGAGCGGCUCUCAGGAAACUCGUUACGAUAUCUUGAAGGACAGAAAUUUGAUGUCACCCAAUCCGAUGAGAUCGUUGAGAGAUUGUUUGCCGCAACUAUCGCUAGUACAGAUGUCUGCCUCCAGAUCGGACCCAACCUCUGCCGCCGUAUGCUCGAUCGACAAAAAGACCACGUGCAAAAUACACAGGAUUUCUGUGAUGGCUUGAAGUACGCAUAUAUGUCACAUUUCUACGCUAGCUUACCGAGUAUCUUCCUCAAACAGGGCCUCUCGUUCGAGGAUGUAUCCGCAGAUGCUUUUGAAGCUGUGCGCAAUGUCCCAUCAUUUCGAAGGUGGGUAGAAGACAUGUUAGAGGAUGGUCAUGCACAGGAUGUACGAAAAGCACUCAAGGACAACAAGUAUCUCUUCAGCCAGAUCACCCAGCAUAUACAAGCUGGCCAACAAACCCUCGCUACGUUAAGCCACGCCUCCAAAGCCCUAGCAUGUAUACGAGAAUCACUCCAGAUGUCGCCUAGCGUUCGACUUUCCGCAAUCUGGAUUCGUGCAGCUGCUGGUGAGCUGGCUGGAUCACCUCUCGUUCGCGAAAUGAUGCUGUCCAUUAAGAAGGUUCCAUCAGACAAACUGGUACACUUGUUCGCCGCAUUGAAAGAAUUGGAGGGCGACUACUUUUCAAUGGGCAUCAGCAAUUCCCAAAGGAAGCUGGACAGCCUGUUACAAAACGCCGAUGCGCCUCUUCGCACGCAGCACGAUGUCCGUAACGAUAGCAUGCGAACCACCGUUGUCGCACAGAAAGUACUUCUGAGCAAACACAAAGCUGCACUAUCGGAACAAGACAAGGCGUACUCGGACCUGGUUACAGACUUUCACGACAAGCUCGAAGCAUACUUUACUUCCUCAUUCAUCGAACCCAAGACUCUGUUCCUCUCAGAAAUCUUGAUGUACGACCUAAAGUCGCCACAUACUGAGGUCUUCCAGCCCAAGCCUCGUCUGGCGGUUGAGCGUGCGCUUACCACCCCUCAUGACUACCUAGGCUGUGAGUGUUGCAGCGGAGUAGACGGCAACCCGGCUGCUCUCUCUGCUACCCAACCUGCGACGGCGAUUGUGUAUCAGAUGUACUUGGAAUCUGGAACACUGAUCAAUGUGACUGAUUUGUGGGCUGCAUUUAAUGCGAUUGCUGGAGAUGGCACGGAGGAGAAUGAACCCAACACUAUGGCGCUGUUUCAAAGAGCGUUAGCCGAGCUCAGAUACCUGGGUCUCGUCAAGCCAAGUCGAAAGAAGACGGACCACAUCUCCAAAAUCAUGUGGAAAGGACUGUAA